AUGGGUUCUACAGGAAACCCUAAUCCAUGGGAUUCAUACGAUUCAUACAGAGACUGUUCCAAAGGAGUAUGCAGCGUCUACUGUCCCGAAUGGUGUUACGUCAUCUUCCCUCCUCCUCCUUCCUUCUUCCUCGACGACGAAGACGAUUCAUCCUCCUCUGAUUUCUCUCCGCUCCUCAUCGCACUUAUCGGAAUCCUCGCUAGCGCCUUCAUCCUCGUCAGCUACUACACACUAAUCUCCAAGUACUGCCACCGCCGUCGCAACAGCUCCUCCUCCGCAUCCGGAGCGAUCGGCCGCGAUCACGGAAUCUCUUCAUCGUCCGUCGCCGAUGCUUGGCAGGGAAACAACGGAGCUCCGAAUACGAACGCGCCGAUCGGAGAUGGACUCGACGAGUCUCUGAUUAAAUCGAUUACGGUUUACAAGUAUCGAAAGGGCGAUGGAUUUGUGGAAUCUUCCGAUUGCUCUGUUUGCUUGAGCGAGUUUCAGGAAGACGAGAGUUUGCGAUUGCUACCCAAAUGCAACCACGCGUUUCACGUCCCUUGUAUUGAUACUUGGUUGAAAUCUCACUCCAACUGCCCUCUCUGCCGCGCCUUCAUCGCCGGAAUCAACGCCACCACCGCCGUCGAGACUGUUUCAGUAUCCAAUCAGCCGAUCUCCGUUACGGAAUCAGGUAAUCGAGGCGAAGUAACCGCGGGGAUCAGCUCGAUUUCGAACGUUCUCAAUCACCAGGCUGGAGAUUCCGUCGUCGUUAACUUAGAUCUAGAAACCAGAUCUCGGAGUGAGACGGUUAGUAACGUUAACGGCGGAUCGACGCCGAAACCGCCGGAAUUUCAGGGGUCAAGAGACGGAGAAGAGCAAGUGAAUCGGAGAUCGGCGUCGUUGAACUCAGGCGGUGUGGUCUUGAUCGCCGAUAUAUUACGGGAGACUGAAGACGAGGAAUCAGCGGGUGAAGGAACUUCUCGGCGGGUAGAGGAGGGUGACGGAGAGAAGACGCCUCCGCCGUCGGGAUCGGCGGCGAAUCAAACAAGCGGAAUAUCGAGUUUUCUGGUUCGGAGUUCGAUGGCGAUGAAGAGAUCCGUUUCGACUGGGAAAUUUGUCCUCUCGAGUUACGAUAGAGCAAGAAAUUACCGUUUACCCAAUUGA